AUGCCCAGUUUCAAAUCUUCCGCCGUUGUCGACGGUUCCGUGAAGGACUUCGACGCUGCGGAGCACUUCCGCGGCUCCUACGGCCUGAUGGUCUUCUACCCGCUCGACUUCACCUUCGUGUGCCCUUCCGAGCUUCUGGGUUUUUCGGAGCGCAUCUCCGAGUUCGAGGAGCGCGGCAUCAAGGUGGUCGGCGUUUCAGUGGACUCCCCCUUUUCCCACCUGGCGUGGAGCCAGAUGGAUCUGAAGCAAGGCGGCGUUCAAGGCGUAAAGUUCCCUUUGGUUUCCGACCUGUCGCGCUCCAUCUCUAAGAGCUUCGGCAUGCUGCGCCCCGAGGGAUUCGCUCAGAGGGCAUCGGUUCUGAUAGACAAAGCUGGAAAGGUGCGCCAUGUCGCAGUCUUCGAUUUGGGCAUCGGCCGCUCGGUGGACGAGACCCUGCGCGUGUUCGACGCCAUCAAGUUCUCCGACGAAUCCGGCCACGUCUGCCCGGCCAACUGGAGGAAGGGUGCCGCCGCCAUGGCCCCGACCGCCGAAUCCACGGGCGAAUACCUUGCCAAAACGUUCGAAAAGGCUUAA